CUCUCUUGUGCUCUGUGCAGGUUCGUGAGAAGCCUAGAUUUCCAAAAUGAAUAAAGAUGCCCAGAUGAGAGCAUCCAUUAACCAAAAGCUAAUAGAAACAGGAGAGCGAGAACGCCUUAAAGAGUUGCUGAGAGCCAAAUUAAUUGAAUGCGGCUGGAAGGAUCAGUUGAAGGCACACUGCAAAGAUGUCAUUAAAGAAAAAGGAUUAGAGCAUGUUACUGUCGAUGAUUUGGUGGCAGAAAUCACUCCCAAAGGCCGAGCCUUGGUACCAGACAGUGUAAAGAAAGAACUCUUGCAAAGAAUAAGAACCUUCCUUGCCCAACAUGCCAGUCUUUAACUUUGACCUUUGUCUGUGACACAGUGUUUCAGUUUCUAUAUUAAGUCAAUCAUGUCAGGUUUGGAACGCAGUUUACAUACUUAAGGAUGGAAAAUCAUUAUAUUUUUUUUUUUGUAUGAUGAGUUGAAGUUUCUUUGCACUGCAUCAAUUUCUUAAAUUUGGUGUUUUAAUAAAAAAAUUUGUGGACUU